UGGUGCCCCGCCCCUGCUGUCAGGGCCCGAGCAGCAGAGGCGAAGGGAACUGGCUUGAGAACCUUCAAGGGUUUGGAUCCCUUCUCCUCUAUAUCCUGUCAUGGCUCCUUGAUGCAUCAUUUGCAGAUAAUAUAAAUUUUGCUGCCAUACGGUGCAUCACCUUCUGAUGGAUGAAGACCCUAACACUGCAAAGCCUUGUUUCCAUGGCGAGUCCUGCAAUCAGUCCUGACUCUUCCUCUUCUGAUAACCUCAGUCCAGAUGAGCUGGAACUUCUAGCAAAGUUAGAGGAGCAAAACAGGUUGCUCGAGGCUGACAGUAAGUCAUUACGGUCUGUGAAUGGAUCACGGCGGAACAGCAGUGGCUCACUCGUGUCAAGCUCCUCGGCUUCGAGCAACUUGAGCCACUUGGAGGAAGACACGUGGAUCCUGUGGGGCCGACUGAUCAAUGAAUGGGAAGAAGUGCGCAAAAAGAAAGAGAAACUGCUAAGGGAACUCAUACGAAAAGGAAUUCCACAUCAUUUCCGGGGGAUUGCCUGGCAAUUGCUCUGCAAUGCGACUGACCUGCCAGUGAAAAAUCAGUAUUCAGAAUUGCUAAAGAUGACCUCUCCCUGUGAGAAGUUGAUCCGAAGAGAUAUUGCACGUACUUACCCAGAGCAUGACUUCUUUAAAGGACAGGACAGUCUUGGACAAGAGGUGCUGUUUAAUGUGAUGAAGGCAUAUUCUUUGGUUGACCGUGAAGUUGGAUAUUGCCAAGGAAGUGCAUUCAUUGUGGGACUCCUCCUCAUGCAGAUGCCGGAAGAAGAAGCCUUUUGUGUGUUUGUGCGUUUGAUGCAAGAAUAUCGAUUGAGGGAGCUCUUCAAGCCUAGUAUGGCGGAGUUGGGGCUCUGCAUCUACCAGUUUGAGUACUUAAUACAGGACCAAUUGCCUGAAUUGCACGUGCACUUUCGAUCACAGAGUUUCCAUACUUCUAUGUAUGCAUCUUCCUGGUUCCUGACCAUUUUUCUCACCACGUUUUCACUGCCGUUAGCUACCAGAAUAUUUGACAUAUUUAUGUAUGAGGGUUUGGAAAUAGUGUUUCGCAUUGGGAUGGCCAUCCUUCAGUUUAACCAGGUGGAAUUGAUGCAACUUGACAUGGAAGGAAUGUCUCAGCAUUUUCAGAAGGUGAUUCCUCAGCAAUUUGAUGGCUGCCCUGACAAACUGGUCUUGAAAGCUUACCAGGUCAAGUACAACACAAAGAAAAUGAAGAAACUUGAAAAAGAAUAUACUACAAUCAAAAAUAAAGAAAUGGAGGAACAGAUUGAAAUUAAAAGACUCAGAACUGAAAAUCGCCUCCUAAAGCAGCGGAUUGAAACCCUCGAGAAGGAAAGUGCUGCCUUGGCAGAUAGAUUGAUCCAGGGGCAAGUAACCAGGGCGCAGGAAGCUGAGGAGAACUACGUCAUCAAGCGAGAGCUGGCUGUAGCAAAGCAGCAGUUCAACACAACCAGUGAGAAACUAGAACAAGCGCAGAGCACCAUUCAGGAACUGCAGGAGCUCAGGUGUGAUCAUCAUCACAAAGAGGAGGUUGUCAUGCAACUGAAGAUGGAGCUAGAACAGUCUCGAUUGAGAGAGGCUGAGACGCUGACAGCACUGAAAGAAAUGCAGGAUAAGGUUCUGGAAAUGGAGAAGAGAAACAGCUCACUCCCUGAUGAGAACAACAUAAUACGCUUGCAGGAAGAGCUAAAAGCAUUGAAGCUGCGUGAGGCAGAGGCAGUGACUUCCAUGAAAGAACUACACCAACAGGUGAAGGAUUUGGAUGAACACUGGCAGCGACAUCUCGCCCGGACCGGAGGUCGAUGGAAAGAUUCCCCGAGGAAGAAUGCCACCAAUGAGCUGCACAACGAGCUGAUGACAGUGCGGUUUAGUGAAGCCCAGGCUCAGGCCGAACUGAGAGAGCUAAGACACAAAGUACUGGAACUGGAGGCACAGAACCAAGUGAAUAGCAACCUCCUGAACCGAACGGAGCAGACUUGUACUGGUCUGCAGGACAAGUUGCAGUACAUCACAGCGCAAAACAAAGGGCUACAGACUCAGCUUAGCGAGACCAGACGUAAACAAGCCGAGGUGGAUUGUAAGAACAAGGAGGAGGUUAUGGCUGUACGGUUUCGGGAAGCUGAUAGUAUUGCUGCCAUCGCUGAACUUCGCCAGCGUAUUGCUGAACUGGAAAUUCAGAGAGAAGAAGGACGGAUUCAAGGCCAACUGAACAACUCCGACUCCAAUCAGAUAAUUCGUGAGCUGAAGGACCAAAUCACAGAAUUGAAAACAGAGAUCCGGCUUUUCAAAGGUCAGGGCUCCUUCCCAACUCCGAUGAGCUUUGAUGGGAUUCAUAUUGUGAAUCACAUGGUUGCAGAUGAUGAAUCCAUUCAGUCGUCUGAUGAGGAUCUCUUACCUAGCCCAAUGGGAAUAAGCGGUCUGCAGGAGGGGCUGUACCCAAUUCCGCAUGGAAAUGGACAUUUCCUCAGAGGGCUGGAGAUCUCGGGAAAGGACAGUGAUGGCAGCACCGACAGCGAUCAGGAGGAUCGGAAUUCUGCACUAGAGCUUGAAGCAGAGAUGGCUAAUCAUAUAAUGUGUAAUGAGAGCCCAAAUAAGACACCUUCCAUCUCAACAACUGUGUAAUGAAGAACUUUAUGGCAUUCCACUAAGUGAGACUUAACUGUGUAUGAGACCAUCCUGAACUGCCUAUUAUUUCUGUCAGACUUUGGUCUAGCAUUAAAUUCCAUACAUAUUUGCCAACAAGAAAUGAUCGUUCCUAGGCAGUGAUUUUAAAGGCUGCUGCAUCUGACUUUUUUUUUCCCCCAUUGAAGGGAAUAGAGUUGAUUUAGAAAACACUCAGAUUCUCUGGUAUUUUUGCUGUUUUCUAAAACCCAGUUGCUAAAAUAUUUGUGUUCCACCUUCCGUGGUGUUCAAUGUGCUGUCUUCCAGGUGUACACUGUAAGUGGGACACAGAUUCAUGGCAGCAUUUUAAACAUUUACAAUUAAAACCUGCUGACUGUGGGAUCUCUCCUCUCUUCCAUUCCAAUUCCUCACUGGACCAAUGAUACAUAGGUCAAGUUCGCCAAUAACUUCUGAUACUUUACCCUUUGGAUUUUCUGGGAUUAUUACAUUUAUGGAUCACUAUCACUUUCUCUAACUUGGAGGUUGAGCGUGACAAAUGCCCAAACAUCAUAGCAGUCAUAUAUUUAAUUUCUAGAUUUGUCUGGGAAACAGCAAAUCAAAACUCUUACACUGAGGCAGUCUGACAACAGGACUUGAUGGAAAAUUUUUCAUGUGCCAACUGACAGUAUCUCAUUGACAUAACUAAUGUAUUAUUUGACUGACACAACAUUUAGUUUCUGACCGACUGUUUCACUGGUGUCUGGCCAAAUCCAUAUCUGACACAGUGUAUUGAACCAUUAACUGACUGGCACAGUAUCUAACUGACUCUGAAAUUGAUGUAACUAGCUAUCACCCAUGCCUUCAUAUCAUUGUAACUCAAAGUUUGAAACCAUUGUUGUAAUGAAGAUAAUAAGAAAACGCUAUGUCCCAGAGUGAAAUUAUUAUCCAGUCCUUCACUACUUAAGACAGCUAUCAAAUUAAAAUAUUUAUUUGGUUCUCAAUUCAGAUCUUCAUCAAAUCCUGUACUACUAUAUUCACAUUUCUCUUUGAGUUAAUUUUUAUAAUUUUAAUUUUACCCCACUCGGAGCACUUUUUGUCUUUAAGAUUGUUUUGCUACUUUUUAAACCCUGACACUUACUCUUAUUGUGUUGUUGGAACUCUUGACCUGCUUUGCAACAGUAGAGGGAUGCUUCUGUCAUUUCCAAAAGUUUCAACCCUGGAAAAUAUUUCUUUUAAAUUAGACCCAGAGAUGCACUCUGCUCACAGCCAUUCUCAAAGCGCUCCCACAUGGCAUCUGAGGAGUAUAAUUGAAUGGUGAGAGCUGGGCUGAGCCUGUGUGGAGUGUACCACCUCCCACUGAGCUCCUGACAUCUCCCGGUAUUAGCUGGGACCUAGGUUCCUUUACUUUAAGUAUUUAAAUAGUCGAAGUUGACAGUAUGGCCACUUCCUACAGUUAGCAAUAAGAGUCCACCAUGAGUCUUUUCUGAGGGAGUAAGUUUACUUGUUGAAGACGUGUAACCCAGGGUGAUGUUGGGGAACAGCAUUUGAAAAGUUAAGGUGAAAUCCAUCCUUAGAGUGAUUUUCUGCUUGUGUGGCCCAAGUUUCCAUGUGAUCAUGUUGCUGUUGCUGUUUCUGUUUAUAACCGAUUUGUGUACCAGAGCAGUGUGCCAAUUACCUGUUACUCCACCUUGAGUUCACUUGAUUUUUGUUUCCUGUUGUUGUAUUAACAUAACAUAUCAUCACAUGGACAUAAAACAUCUUCUCAUCACUUUGGCAUCAUUGCUGUCCAAAACACACGGGAUUCUGUUUCUGUUGUACUAUAUCUGUGAUUUGAGAAUGUGGUCGAAAUAGAACAAACAGAAUAGUUUCAUGUAACUCUAUCAUUUCUGUGUCUCUGCGGAGGUGAGUCCUCAGGAUUAGCUAAGGAAGAGAAGGGGUAACUGUACCAUAAUGAUUGGUGAAAUAUCAGUCUCACUGAGGUCAGUGUUAAAGUUGAGACAUUAACAUUUCCAUGCAGGAACAAUGAAGCAUACUUCCCUUGGAAUGGGAUACUCAGACUUCUCUUUGUUUUAUUGCCACAAACCCUUAUCCUUAUAUUUGCUUCCAAGUUUUUCAAUAAGCACCCAAUCCCGCUUGUGGGACAUGUAUAGAGGUAUCUGUCUAUUGCUAUAGGGCAGUAAGUUGAUGAGGUCACUAAGCUAUCUAGUCCUUGUGUUACUAUGCAGCAACUCUCAACUUACGCAAAAGAACAUCUUGAGCAUAAAGUGGAACAGGUGGUAAUGUGGGAUGACUGUGACCCUCAACAGACCCAGUCUCAUUUUAGCUUCACUGUGGUGUGUUUCCUUCAGACUCUCAUCAAAUCAUUACUAACAUUGUGUAUCUUAUAUGACUUUUAUGUAUCACUGCCUUGAGUAACACUGCACGGAAUUGUUCACCAUCUAGAACCAGACUUUGGUGCCAUAAAUCACAUCUCAGGAUUCAGGCUUAGAGGCAGCUAGUAGUUUUGCUGCUGCUGUUGGUAUCUCUGAUGCAAGGACCAAUGCUUUGUAUGGCAUCACUAACUCAAGUGAUCUCUCCAAUAUUGAGGGUAAAGUCCAUAGCUGGUCCAAUUUUCCAACCUCUAGUUAUACAGAUGUUACCUUGUACAAAGGGAUUGAAUUUGCAGGUUUCUUAAACAUAUCUCACUGACUUGUGGCAUUUUAUGCAGCAGACUUUUUUUUAAGUUUAGCUCUCCUGUUACCUAGGAUACUGGUACAAGUAAGUGCAAAGUUCUCAAUACUGCUUUCAAACUUCACUUUGCAGUCAGAGACUAACAAUGCUUCAAUGUUUGUAAAUUUGAGCUGGGUUUGAAUAUACUGUGCAUUUGGAGUUGAGCUGGAUCACAUACAAGUGUGAACAAGAGUUGUCCCAUCACCUACCGCCCAGUGUAUAAAUUUGGAAAUGGCCGUACAGUUAGUCCACAGCUGGCAUUCAAAUGACAGAAUUCAGCUGACAGAAAAUGGUUGUGUGAGAGCCUCGUGCCUGUGGGACUAGCUGAAUCUCAGCAUGUGCCCUGGAAGCUGCUUGGCAAGGGGAAUGACUGCAGUUUGGGAUACUGUGAAUGAGAGACUUGUGUUGAGUUUAAAAGUGUCCUGCUGACUGUGGGAAGAGCAAUGCUCUCUGUCGUUCAAUGUGCAAUCGUCCCUGAAAUCAGAUUUAGACAGGUGUCAGAGAAAUCUGUCUGAUGUCUGUGUAUGAAAGUAGGUUUCGUUAUUCGAAGAUUGAAAGUGUAGGUCUCUAGUACAGCUGAGUACUAACGUACAAGUGUUAUAACGAAUUCUAGCAGCACAUAGCACGACUGCAGAUGGGUUUUCAGUGAGUACUCAGUACUCUGGGUUAUUUGUUUGCCCCAGUAUGUUUUGUUGUGUGUUAAAGCUGGUGUCACAUCUCUGCCCAUGGAGAGUGUCCAAGCUCGCUCAGUUGUAUAAACAUGUUAGCCUGUUGUGUUCCAUGGCAAGUAGCGGUGAUGUGCCAUGUGAUGUGUCACGGGACCAGUGAUUAGAGGUUACAUAUGGCUUAAAACCAGGGCUGUUACUGAAUUGUAUAUAUUCUGCUACUAUGUAUUGCCAAAACAAUGUAGUAUACCAUUUAUAUUGAAUUUUUGUGAAAAUAUUCCACAAUGGUUUUUGAGAUGUCUGUAUUGCCACAUUCAGAUUGUGAGUUCCUCUUGUAAAGCUGAUCCAUGCUGAAUCAUGACCAUUUUUAGCUGCUAGAUCUGUAAAUAAGGACACCAGUGCACACUGAACCAUAACUGUGUUUUCACAUCAAGAGCACGAGCUUUAUUUGUCCGUACUGUGUAACAGUGGAGGCUAUCCUCAUAAAGCAGUGAAUGUGAUCCAGAGAUAUUAAACCAGAACAUUGUGGGCUUG